CCAUCAGUCGAUCCACUACUCUCGCUUCAAUCGGUCAUUUUUGCUCCUGCGCACUCCGCAAACUAGCAGCUGUAAAAUAGUGUGUUUGUUUUGAUUUGUUUGAAGCGGCUCUUUCCUUGCGUAAUAGUUUGUGCUGAAUUAUUCACGGCUUCAUUUUGUUUCGAAAGCAAUACACCUUGUGAAAGAUGCCUCCGCUGCGCUGGGGAAUCGCUAGUGCCGGCAAAAUUUCGCACGACUUCACCAAUGCUCUGUCCACCUGGUCCAAGGACCACCAUUUGGCGGUAGCGGUGAGCGCACGGAAGUUGGAGAAUGCCAAAUCGUUUGCUCAACUGCAUGGAAUCGAGAAGUUCUACCAGGGGUAUGAAGCUUUGGCUAAGGAUCCAAACGUCGAUGCGGUUUACAUUGGAGCAAUCAACCCAAUGCACUACGAACUGGGACUGUUGAUGUUGGACCACGGGAAACACGUUCUCUGUGAGAAACCUCUUUGCAUGAACGAAGGUCAGGCGAAAAAGUUGCUUGCUCAUGCCACGGAAAAGAAGUUAUUUUUUAUGGAGGCAAUUUGGUCGAGAUUUUUUCCUACAUAUAUUCACCUCAAGGAGCGAAUAGACGCGGGUGACCUGGGUGAAAUCAAAGAAGUUGAUGUAGAGUUUGGUUUCUUGCUGAGUGAUGUAGACAGACUACGGAUGAAGGGUCUGGGAGGCGGAACUGUGCUUGAUUUGGGUGUUUACACCAUUCAGGUUAGUCUGUGGGCAAUGCGAGCCGUACCAACAAAAAUCGUUGCAAAUGGUCAGCUUAACGAGGAAGGUGUUGAUAUGGAGGUUAAUGCGGAGCUGCAGUUCCCCAACGGAUCGGUAGCGAAGAUGAAAACUAGCGCGCUGAGAAAACUUAGAAACACAGCCAUCAUCCGUGGUACCAAAGGCACGAUUACGCUGCACGACUUCUGGUGCGCCACCGCGCUGACAGAUAUUGAUGGAUCGCGUAAGGAGUUUCCGCUCCCACGGGCGCAUCAUGAUUUCAACUUUCCCAACAGUUGCGGUUUACGCUUCGAGGCAGAGGAGGUACGUCAGUGCAUCGCUGGGGGCAAACUGCAGUCCGCAUCGGUUCCGCAUAGCGAGAGUCUCACCAUCGCUCGCAUCCAAGACGAGAUACGGAAACAAAUUGGUGUUCAAUUCCCGGAAGACACACGGUUCAAAGCGUAAUAUUAAUGCCGGCGGCCCCCCGGUGCAGAUUGAACGUGAGGAAUGAGACACGAUGAAUCCCCGGACAGGUGCGAAUGACCGAUUAGACAGACGACAGGAGCAGGAGCGGUUUGGCUGGGGGUAAAAAUGUAGCAGAUAUUCAAUCAAACAAGCGGUCGGAGCAAUAGAAUAAAGGAUUCGAGAAUGUAUGAAUGUUGUACCAAUAAAUAAUUUUUCGUUCAGCAUCAAAC